AUGGCCAAUCAAAAAUUUCGUGCUGCAGCUGAUUGUAAGGAACUCCGCAAAAAUGGUCAUGCUGAUUCCGGUGUAUAUGAGAUUAACCCAUAUGAUACCGACUCCGAUUCACUUCUAGUUUACUGUGACAUGGAAAUAAUGGGAGGAGGAUGGACGGUGAUACAAAAACGAGUGGAUGGAUCCCAGAGCUUUGAAGUAAACUGGGCGGCGUAUAAGAAUGGUUUCGGAACACCGGAACAGAAUGUUUGGAUCGGAAAUGACGUAAUUCAUCUGUUAACAAAGGGAAACAACUCGUCCCUUUAUGUCUCCAUUACUAUCCAGAAUGGUGCAAGUCUGUACGAGUUGUACGAAAAGUUCGCCAUUUCUGACGAAACAGAGAAGUAUAAACUAUUUCUGGCGGGAACUGCCGAGGGGACAUUAGGUGACAAUAUGUUGAACACUGGGCUUGGAUCACAUGACCUGUCUGGGAUGUAUUUCUCUACUCCCGACAGAGACAACGACAGGGGCUAUGAUGGAAGCUGUGCUGCUAACUAUAACGGAGGGUGGUGGUUCAACGACUGUUCUCGCGCUUUCCUGAACGGUCCGUGGCAUGGUACACAGCUGGUGUGGUUUCCUACAGUUAAAUCCGGGUCCUCUGUCAAGGAGACUCUGAUGAUGAUCAGGCAUCACUAG